GAGUAUGAAAUAUGUCUCAAUGCUGCUGCUCAAAAAGCUUCAUAUAAAAAAAUUAAAACAGCAAAGAAUAAGAUUAUUGAAUUUGAAUCUCUAUACAAUAUUGCUUCAGAUAUUAAUAUUAGAAGUGAUCUUUUUGCUAAAAUACAAGAUCAAAAAAAUAUUAUUAAAACAAAUGAUAAAAAAAUUGAAGCAUUUAAACAACAUGUGGCUAAUCAAGCCCAGAUGAUGGCUAAAAAACAAAAACAACUUGAAGAAGAAGGCAUUGUCGAACAAUAG